UUCAAAUGCUUAAAAUAUUUUUUUACAAAAAAAAAAUUAAUUUUAGGCUGUUCAUUUACAAAAUCAGGAAAUUAAUAUUAAAAAUAGUUUGUGUAUCAAACACAAAUUUUUGGCCUUCAAAAAAUAAAAAUGACGAUGGGUGGACAAAGCUUGGAGAAAGGAAGGCCAUCUACCCGAUUAUUGGACUUACCUCCUUUUUUCUACUAAAAUAAUACGCAAUCAAAUGAUUGAUCUGCGCGGAUUGGAAUGAAAAAAAGGAGCAUUUUCUCUCUGAGAUGAGCAACAACCUUAAAAAUGGGUGGGCAGAAGAAACAA